AUGUGCUAUGGUGUGCACAGCUAUCUCGUCACUCUUUUUGCUCCGCCGGUAGUUUCAGGCAAAACCCACCUCAAACUCAAAAAGAAUGCUUCAUACAAGAACGCUUUACCCAGAUGUUACACCAGCAACAUUAUGGUUUUCACUGUCCACUUUGCUUGGGUAAUUUUGAUUUAUUCUUCAGAAUUUCAGGGCCAAGUGUUAAGGCUACUCAAUGUUAUAAAACUGAUCUUGCAGCAAGUUGCCAGCACGCUUGACGCUCUCACCGCCUCCAGCGAGCCUACUGCUGCACCCAAUCCGGUUGUACCGCAACCGUUCGACACAGCCGAUGGUCUCUCCAACAUCGAGGCAGAUCUCAGCGCAUCUGACGAAGCUCUUCUGGUCAAGGAACUAAUUCAACUUGGUGGACGAAACCCCAACACCGCAACCAAGCGGAUGCUCGCCUACCUGCUGACUGAUAAACUAGCAGCCGAGUACUCUUGGGAGGGAAAGAAGGAGAAGAAGUCCUGCAAGCUUCGUAUUUGUCAACUCAUGUGUGCAGCAGUAAACAAGAGGUUUACACAAUCAACAAAGGAUGAUGUUGAAGUCACAACAAAGUCAUGGCUCAGACAUGCCCCAGAACGAGAAUUUGGAAAAGCCAGCCAGCGUUGAACUUGUGCAUUUUUUAGGUAUUGGUUCUACUUGUUUUAGCUAAGUCUUCUAGCUCUGCCAACGUUUAUAUUUAU